GAUAUUCCUGCUCCUCUACUACAGUCAACAAAGCCAAUGUGUAUGCCAUAGUUCUUCUCACCGGACGACGCCAACGCCUGUCAUCGAUAAAUGUUGCUUUGGUUUCUUAAAGUACUCGAAUCUGGUGAUCAGGAUGGGCUCAAACGUUUGUUGACUGAUGCCGAUUUGCUUAGCACUCGUGAUUCAAAUAUGAAUAAUCUAUUACACUACGCAAGCAUAACCGGUAACGUAGAAGCAGCACGUCUACUUUUGGAAGCCGGCUUGCACCCGGAUUCAGCUAAUUUAAUGGGGUUAACUCCUCUUUGUGACGCCUCACUAAAUGGAUCUAUCGAAUUAAUCUCAUUGCUCCUCAAUCACGGUGCAAAUGUCAAUCCUCCCCAUACUCCAACUUCGCCCGUCACUCAUGCGACAUUUCAGGGACAUGUUGAUGCGCUGCGACUUUUGACUCGCGCUGGAGCGGACUUAAAUGUGAUUGAUGGGUUAGGGAAUCAACCAUUACAUGUGGCGGUUCGGCGCAAGUUUUAUGCAGGUGCACAGAUUCUCUUAUUAGCAGGUGCCGAUGUCAAUUGUCGCCGGAAGCUCAAAACUCCGCUUCAUAUGGCGGCCAAGAGGAAUGACAUUUUGAUGGCCACUAUUUUGCUUGCCCAUGGUGCAGAUCCUCUGCUAAUGGACAGAAAGAACCGCAGCCCCUUGGACUGCGCUCCUCCAGACAGCGAGUUGUUCCAUUUGUUGCGAGCCAUCCAAGGAAAAGUACCUUCACUGAAGUUCCUGACACGGUUGGCAUUCCGGAAAGUCAUUUUUACUUGUGAUCUUGAAAAAUCAAAUGAAUUACACCUACCAACUUCCUUAUUGGAUUAUCUGUUAUUUAAGCGGCUUUACUGAUACUUUAUACUUUGUUAUUUUCUGCUUUAUUCCAUAUUUUAUCUUACCCUUUGGCGUUUGUGAUCAUUUAUUUGUUACCUAUUGGGUCCAUUUCUACGCUUCCCAUGACCAGCAACUUGUUGCUCCGUUGUUUUUGUUUUGCUUUCAACUACUUAUAAGUAAUUCACUUUUAAUCUCACAGUUGUUUCGUUCAUAUUGGUAAUGGCGGGAUGCCCGCUUUCCAGACCCAGCAAGUGGUUCCCACAAUAUGCAUCGGCUAUGAAUUCUUCCUUU